AUGGCAGGAGACUUUCAUGUUAUAUUAGGGAACUCUAAGAUUAUAUCAGGGAACUCACAGGAUUUAUCAGGGAACUCGCAUGUUAAAACAGGAAAGUCUCAGUUUAUAUCAGGGAACGCUCAGGUUAUAUCAGGGAACUCGCGGUUUAAAUCAGGGAAAUCUCGGGUUAUAUCAGGGAACUCUCAUGUUAAAUCAUGGAACUCUCAGGUUAUAUUAGGGAACUCUCAGUUUAUAUUAGGGAGCGCUCAGGUUAUAUCGGGGAACUCGCCUGUUAAAUCAUGGAACUCUCAGUUUAUAUCAGGGAACUCUCAAGUUAUAUCAGGGAACUCUCCGGUUACAUCAGGGAACUCUGAGGGUAUAUCAGGAAACUCUAAUUUUAAAUCAGGAAACUCUCAGGUUAUAUCAGGAAACUCUGAGGUUAUAUCUGGGAACUAUGAGGUUAUAUCAGGGAACUAUGAGGUUAUAUCAGGGAACUCUCAGGUUAUACCGGGGAACUUUCAGGUUGUAUCGCGGAACUCUCAGGUUAUACCGGGGAACUUUCAGGUUAUAUUGCGGAACUCUCAGGUUAUAUCAAGGAACCCUCAGGUUAUAUCAUGGAACUCUCAGUUUAUUUCAGGGAACUCUUAG